UAUGUUGGGUACAGAGUUUGCUAUUGACAAGCAGUUCUUCCUCGACCUCGGGGGUUAUGACCCUGGUAUGGAGAUCUGGGGUGGAGAAGAAAUGGAAUUGUCUUUCAAAACAUGGAUGUGUGGUGGCUCGAUGUGGGUAAUACCGUGUUCUAGCGUCGCACAUCUUUUCCGAUUGGCCAAACAUCGCUCCUUUCCGUUCCACUUGACGAAUAUUUUGCGCGUAGCGCACGUCUGGAUGGACGACUACAAACACGAAGUUUUCGAACGUUACGGGGAUGUAUGCAACGACAGAGAUGUGGGGAACAUUACAGACAGACUGAAGAUCAAGGAAAAAUUACAGUGUAAAAAUUUCCAGUGGUACAUGAAAAACAUAGCCUACAUGGCGGAUGUACCUAAAGACGUGAUCGCACAAGGGGAGAUCCAUAACCAGGGUAAGCCAGAGCAAUGCUUGUGUGCCGCCGUCGGUGGUUGGUCAGAUCCAGAAAACCUGAAGGUGAAGACACGCCAAUGUCAACGGCGGGGAUACGAAGAGUUCUGGAUGAUAACCAAAUCGGGAUUGCUCAGACGGGAUUCGAGAUGUGUACUGUACAGCGCGACUACCAAAAAGUUGACACACGUGGAAUGCAACGAUACCAACCAGCAUAUGAAAUGGAAUUUCACAAUGAAUAACACUUUAGUGCAUGAACUCUCAGGAAAAUGCCUAAGUCUUAGAAAUGAUUUGACAAUGGAAGAGUGCUCUCAAGGGGAAGAACUUCAGCAAUGGAAACUUGUCCGAAGGCCCAAAGCUCCGCCCAUACGCUGAGCAGUCCAAGAGGAUAUUGGGAAUUGUAUUUGGUUACAUGUGUUUAGGCAUUUAAAAGACGAUGUAUUCUGUUCAACUAGUGUUCAAAUUUAUUUAAAUAGAAAAAAGUUUUACUUAGUUUUGCUCCAACAAAACAGAAACUAAAAAAUUUUGUCACACAUGUUGCAUGUAGACGUGUAUAACCAUGGGACACAAACACUGCUACUCGAUGUGUAGAAUUUUCGCCCAGUAUAUUAAUGUAAAACAUGGCGUAAUGGAAUGUAUAAAAACCCACCAAAUUGACACUUGUCGCAAAUUACAGGCAUUAAGUCGCCACAACGAGAUAUCAAUUCCCAGAACAUCAUGGCCAUUGGCCUAGACGACACGAAAAGCUCUCGUCACGUCAUUCGCUAUCGUAAGCCUAUUCACUGGACGAUUUCCUCCCUCACCUUUGUGUUUUGCAGCCACCAUUUGUUUCGAUUUGACGAUAUCUCUUCCAUUGUUCAAUUUUUGGGGUAAAAUUUAUGCAGUGCCCGUUGAAAGUACGUGGGUUAGAAAAUAUUUUAUUGUUGGUAAACCCUUUUAAAGACCUGAAGAAUCCAGCUUUUUUGUCAGAAAAUGUUUCACCGUUACUGAACCCUUUUGAAGAUCUGAAAAAUGUAGGUUUUGUGUCAGAAAAUGUUUUAUGGGUACUGUUACGCCUUUGCGUUCAAGUCCGCACAAUAUGUCGAAGACCAUACUCUUACAACGCAUGCUCUACUCCAUGGUUGUUUUCUUAAAUUGGCUAACAAAUAAACCAAAAAAAUAAACAAGUACAUAAAUGUUUUUAACCAAAGUCACUUGAGUUACUGUGAUGAAGCAGGAAGUGUUGCCAGAGAGAACAGAAACCGCCUCAGUAUUUUGCAUUCCCCGUAUCAAAAGGUACACAGCAUGGCUACAACGGGAUCAGUUUUAUGUAAGGCUAAUCCAAAAGGCAAACAUGUCGAUGGGAGGUAUAGACGCCAAACAAGCGUAUAGAAUGGCGCAUGCGUUGUUAAGUGUAUUAUCGAAAGCUUACCCGUUUAAACUGUCACUAAGCCCUUUUCGAGAUGUGAAGAAUGUCUUCCGCAGAGGAGGCCAGCAUAAGCUGGACUUGAACGCACAGCAACUGCAUUGGUGGGGGUGACGUUUGCAUACGCAAUUUCUACUCGACUCUUCACUUCCUUCUGCCAUCAGCAAGGAAAGAUUCCUGUAGUUCUAGUUAAAUCUGGUGUACAGAUUUACAUAAUUAAUGAAUAUCCGUCAAUCUCAUUGUUUGGCUGCAAUUGCUCUCAAUAUUGCCCGAUAUGAACAAAAUGUGUGCAAAUUCAUUAUGGAUGAAGUUGACAAACCCACCGGUUCCUGGUUGUUUUUUGGUUUCCACUUCUUCAAAUAUAGCUAAAGAUAAGUGACAAUAAUGUUUUAAUUGCUAUAGGUGCCAUGCUCUGUUAAUAGUUUUUGGCCAAAUUAUCAAGUACGCCAGCUAUUAAAGAGUUCGUGUGUGAGGGUGUGCGCUCGCGCGCGUGUGUGUUUAACAAACGUAUAUUAAUGUCAUGUCUGAUGUAUUAGAGCUGAUCUUCUUCUAAAAGUAAAAUGUAAUGUUGGUCAGAUUUACCAAAUUCCUUAGCAAUUUUAAGCCGACUUAUUGGGUUUAAUAAAAAUAUAUGAAAGAA